GUCGAAACAAGUCGAAACAAGUCGAAACAAGUCUCGAAACAAGUCGAGACAGGUCGAAACAGGUCAAUCGCAUUGCUGGGAUAACACCAUUCGACAUCCGCAGCCGCACCUUCUGGUCGCUGGCUUGCCCGGCCAUCGCCCGUUUGUCCAUGUCAGCCGGCACCAACAUCGCCGUCUCGUCGUCCUUCUCGUCGCCCUCUCGCCUGCCCUCCCCUUCGUCUCGCGGUGCCUUGUCUUGCCCGAUCCGAUCGUAACGCUGCGAUCGUCCUCCCCACGGUCCGCCCAGUCGCUGCCCGCCGCAUCCCACCACUUCUUAUCCGCCGCCGCUCGUUCGUCCAUCCUCCUUCACAUCCUCCCUCGAUCGCUCCGUCGCCAUGUCGUUCUACCGUGCCUCGAAGCUGUUGGCCAAGGCCCGCCCUGCCUCGCUUGUCCGUUCCUAUACCUCCAAGCCCGUCCAUUCGACUGUUCCUCCCACGGGCCUGGUUUCACUCUCGGCUGCCGAGCGCAAGGCCCUUGCCCCCGAUGUUCCCCUCUACAUCAACGGCGAGUUCCUGACCUCCCAGUCGACCCAGCACUUUGAGCUCCGCAACCCUGCCACCCAAGAGCUCCUCGGGUUUGUUCCUCAGGUCACUCCUGAGGAGUACAAGUAUGCCUCCGAGACGGCUGCGGACGCCUUCAAGACCUGGAAGAAGAGCACCGUUCUGCAGCGCCAGCGCGUCAUGCUGGAUCUCCAGCUCCUCAUCCGCAACAAGAUGGACGACAUUGCCAGAUCCAUCACCACCGAACAGGGCAAGACCCUGCCUGACGCCAAGGGCGACGUGAUGCGUGGUCUGCAGGUCGUCGAGCAUGCCUGCUCCAUCCCGACGCUGCUCAUGGGCGAAAAGCUGCCCGUGUCGAAAGACAUGGAUACUUACUCGAUCCGCGAGCCCCUCGGCGUCGUCGGCGGCAUCAUGCCCUUCAACUUCCCGGCCAUGAUUCCCCUGUGGGUCUUCCCGCUCGCUAUCGCCUGCGGCAACACCUGCGUCAUCAAGCCUUCGGAGCGCGAUCCUGGAGCCACUUUGAUGCUGGCCAAGCUGGCCGAAGAGGCCGGUGUCCCCAAGGGUGUCUUGAACAUUGUCCACGGUGGCUACGACACCGUCAAUGCCAUCUGCGACGAUCCCUACAUCAAGGCCAUCUCCUUUGUCGGCUCCGACAGCGCCGGCAAGUACAUCUUCCGCCGCGGAACCGACAAUGGGAAGCGUGUCCAGGCCAACCUGGGUGCCAAGAACCACGGCGUGAUCAUGCCCGAUGCCAACAAGAACUACACCCUCAACGCCCUCGUUGGUGCUGCCUUUGGUGCCGCCGGUCAGCGCUGCAUGGCCCUGCCCACUGCCAUCUUUGUCGGCGAGGCCAAGGAGUGGAUUCCCGAUUUUGUCGAGCGCGCCAAGAACCUCAAGGUCUCUGGCGGCUUCGAGGAUGGAACCGAUGUCGGUCCCCUCAUUUCGUGCUCGUCCAAGACUCGUGUCGAAGAGCUCAUCCAGUCCGCUGUCGAUGAGGGUGCCCGUGUUGUUCUCGAUGGCCGCGGUGUCAAGCCCACCGGAUACGAGAACGGAAACUUUGUUGGCCCGACCAUCCUGGCCGAUGUCAAGCCCCACAUGAGAUGCUACACCGAGGAGAUCUUUGGCCCUGUUGCCCUGUGUCUCUCGGUCGACACCCUCGAGGAGGCUAUUGAGCUCGUCAACAACAACCCUUACGGCAACGGCACUGCUAUUUUCACCAACUCGGGCAGCGCCGCCCGCAAGUUCCAGGAGGACAUCAACGUUGGCCAAGUCGGCAUCAACGUCCCCAUCCCCGUUCCUCUCCCCAUGUUCUCCUUCACUGGCUCCCGCGCCAGUAUCCAGGGCGAUCUCAACUUUUACGGCAAGACCGGUGUUCAGUUCUACACCCACCUCAAGACUGUCACUGCCCUGUGGAGAAGUGAGGAUGUCACCUCCUCCAAGGCCACCGUCAACAUGCCCACCAUUCGCUGAGCGCCCCCUCCCCAGUUUUGAUUUUUCCUCUCUUCCUGGCUCACUGCCCACAUGGCGGGCCAUCCGCACCACCCACCAUGGACAAUCGACAUGGACCGCUUGCAACUCGGUGCGUCCUUGAGUUCCAUCCAAAUACACCCGCUUUAUGCCUUCA